ACGUGAAGGCCUUCCUCUCCCCGGUCCCGCGUCCUUCCCUCCCCCUCGCUCUCCCUCACCUGAGCUUGCGCGGCUUCCCAGGGGUCUCGCCGGCUCCUCCCCAGGCUGGUCCCCUCCUCCACCCCUGGCGAAGCCCCGCGGGGCUGGGGGCGUGGCGUCGUGGUGGAGGGCUGGGAGAAAACGGGGAGGCGCAGGGUGAGCGGUGGUGGGUUCCAGACGGCGCGGUGCUGCAGGGUGGGCAUGGCUGCGGGCGUGUGAGCGCUGAGCGCGCGAGGGGUCGCCGCUACCAUGCCCGGGGGCGCGGGCGCCGCCCGGCUCUGCCUGCUGACGCUUGCGCUGCCUAUGCUCCGGCCGCGGGCAGCGUGGGAGCCGGGAUGGACAAGAAGAGGAAGUGGGGACAGCAGCCCCCAGCUACAGCAUGAACUGAUAAUACCUCAGUGGAAGACUGCAGAAAGCCUCAUGAGAGAAAAGCAUCCACUCAAAGCUGAGCUCAGGGUAAUGGCUGAGGGGCGAGAGCUGAUCCUGGACCUGGAGAAGAAUGAGCACCUUUUUGCUCCAGCUUAUACAGAAACCCACUAUACCCCCAAUGGCAACCCUCAAACCAUGAAGCUGAAAUCUGAGGAUCACUGCUUUUACCAUGGGACAGUGAGGAUGGCAGAACAGUCGAGCGUCACCCUCAGCAGUUGCCGGGGAAUUAGAGGGCUGAUAACAGUGAGCAGUAACCUCAGCUACAUCAUCGAGCCCCUCCCUGACAGUGAGGACCAACACCUUAUUUACAGAUCUGAACAUCUCAAGCUGCCCCCAGGGAACUGUGGGUUCGAGCACUCCAAGCCCACCACCAGGGACUGGGUCCUUCAGUUUACAAACCAGACCAAGAAGAAACCUCGCAGGAUGAAAAGGGAAGAUUUAAACUCCAUGAAGUAUGUGGAGCUUUACCUUGUAGCUGAUUAUGCAGAGUUUCAGAAGAAUCGACGAGACCAGGAUGCCACCAAACACAAGCUCAUGGAGAUCGCCAAUUAUGUUGAUAAGUUUUACCGAUCCUUGAACAUCCGGAUUGCCCUCGUGGGCUUGGAAGUGUGGACUCAUGGGAAUAUGUGUGAAGUUUCCGAGAAUCCGUACUCUACCCUCUGGUCGUUUCUUAGCUGGAGGCGCAAGCUGCUCACCCAGAAGAAACAUGACAACGCACAGUUAAUCACGGGCAUGUCCUUCCAUGGGACCACCAUUGGCCUGGCCCCCCUCAUGGCCAUGUGCUCCGUGUACCAGUCGGGAGGAGUCAACAUGGACCACUCAGAGAAUGCCAUUGGCGUGGCUGCCACCAUGGCCCACGAAAUGGGCCACAACUUUGGCAUGAGCCACGAUUCUGCGGAUUGCUGCUCGGCCAGCGCGGCUGAUGGGGGGUGCAUCAUGGCAGCUGCCACUGGGCAUCCCUUUCCCAAAGUGUUCAAUGGAUGCAACCGGAGGGAGCUGGACAGGUAUCUGCAGUCAGGCGGUGGGAUGUGUCUCUCCAACAUGCCAGACACCAGGACGCUUUAUGGAGGCCGGAGGUGUGGGAACGGGUACCUGGAAGAUGGGGAGGAGUGUGACUGUGGGGAGGAAGAGGAAUGUAACAACCCCUGCUGCAAUGCUUCUAACUGCACCCUGAGGGAAGGGGCUGAGUGUGCCCACGGCUCCUGCUGUCACCAGUGCAAGCUGCUGGCCCCUGGCACCCUGUGUCGCGAGCAGGCGCGGCAGUGCGACCUCCCCGAGUUCUGCACGGGCAAGUCCCCUCAGUGCCCCACCAACUUCUACCAGAUGGAUGGCACCCCCUGCGAGGGCGGCCAGGCCUACUGCUACAACGGCAUGUGCCUCACCUACCAGGAGCAGUGCCAGCAGCUGUGGGGGCCGGGAGCCCGGCCUGCUCCUGACCUCUGCUUCGAGAAGGUGAACGUGGCAGGAGACACCUUUGGGAACUGUGGGAAGGACAUGAAUGGUGUACACAAGAAGUGCAAUAUGAGAGAUGCCAAGUGUGGGAAGAUCCAGUGUCAGAGUUCCGAGGCCCGGCCCCUGGAGUCCAAUGCGGUGUCCAUCGACACCACCAUCAUCAUGAAUGGGAGGCAGAUCCGAUGCCGGGGCACCCAUGUCUACCGCGGCCCCGACGAGGAGGGUGACAUGCUGGACCCAGGCCUGGUGAUGACUGGGACCAAGUGUGGCUACAACCAUAUUUGCUUUGAGGGGCAGUGCAGGAACACCUCCUUUUUUGAAACCGAAGGCUGCGGGAAGAAGUGCAACGGCCACGGGGUGUGCAACAACAACCAGAACUGCCACUGCUUCCCAGGCUGGGCCCCACCCUUUUGCAGCACCCCCGGCCAGGGGGGCAGCAUCGACAGUGGGCCCAUGCCCCCCAAGAGUGUGGCUCCUGUGAUAGCAGGAGUGUUUACAGGCAUCUUCGUGCUGUUGGUCCUUCUGCUGAUGUUCUACUGCUGUAGACAGAACAACAAACUGGGCCAACUCAAGCCCUCAGCCCUCCCUUCCAAGCUGAGGCAACAGUUCAGUUGUCCCUUCAGGGUGUCCCAGAACAGCGGAACUGGCCAUUCCAACCCAACUUUUAAGUUGCAGACGCCCCAGGGUAAGCGAAAGGUAACCAACACCCCUGAAACCCCACGGAAGCCCUCCCAGCCUCCUCCCCGGCCCCCUCCAGACUAUCUGCGUGGUGGGCCCUCUCCUGCACCACUGCCAGCCCACCUCAGCAGGACGGUUAGGAGCUCCCCAGAGGCCGGGUCUCAAGUAGAAAGAAAGGAAUCAUCUAGGAGGCCUCCCCCAAGCCGGCCAGUGCCCCCAGCACCAAAUUGCAUCCUUUCCCAGGAUUUCUCCAGGCCCCAGCCACCCCAGAAGGCUCUGCCAGCGAACCCAGUGCCAGGCCGCAAGGUCCUCCCAAAGCCAGGCGGGCCCCCCAUGCUGCCGCCCCCUGCUGCGGGCCCUCGGCACACGCGGCCUCUGGCAGCACCUGUCCAAAAGUUACCUGAAUACAGAUCACAGAGGAUUGGAGGGAUGACCAACUCGAAAAUCUAGCCCCACCUAAGGGGCUUCUCACCAUACUUGAGGACUCACAGCACCACAGACGAUCCCAUGGCCACAGAAUCUGGAAAAAUCAAGUCUGACCACCUCUGAGCUCCUCUUUCCCUCCUCCUGGAACCACCACAUCUCAGAAAAUCUCCUUCUUGACUUCCUGCCUCCUCGGCCUCCUCAGAGGCCCCGAGGAACUACUCUCCAGUGGGAUCUAAGUGUUGUGUGCAAUAUCCAGCCCUGGGUGGGGAGAGGAGGGCACGGAGGAGGAUGGAUGCCAGCUUCCCCCUCCCCAUCUCCCUUUAACUGGCCCCUCGGUGCAGAGGAAGGGGAGGUGGUCUGAGGGUGUCUGAGCUGGCAAGAUGUGCUGGGACAAGUCCUGUUCAGCCCCUCAGGCCAGGACUUGGCUUGGAGAAGCCGUCCAUCCAUGUCCCAUGGGGAGGGCACGUGUGCGAGCUUUCCAUUGCUUCUGUCUUCUUCAGAGGUCCCAGGCUGGGUAGAGGCGGGGCACGUGCCUAUCCCUCCUUUUAGCCCCAGGAAUUGAGACGGGGUCAGACCAGCCACGGCUGGGGCCCUGCUCAAGGCUUGGUUGAAGCAUCUGAGGUGACAGUUCCUGGCUACGUGGCUGCAUGUGAACAAGCCACCACCCCCCACCCAUCCCCUGCAUCCCCUCUUUACAUGGGUCACUCUGACUCAGACAGGUACUAUUUGUAGGUAAUGUAGACAGCAGGGGGAGCCCCAGGUUUGGGCCUCCUCUGAGCCAUAAUGCCAAAGGGUGCGACUCUCGAGAAUUCUUGGUUGCUCUUUGUUUUCUCUUCUGCCCUUGCUGGGUGCCCCAUGCUUUUGAUUUCUCCUUCCCCUCUCAGACCCUCUGUGAUGCGUGGUGAUUGGUGAGUGGUCUCAGCAGUCCGAAUUCCCUGAUGCCCUGGUGCUCGGCCUGCCUCAAGGCUUGGCUGCUUGGACUCCAUGCAUUGGAUCUCAAGAUUGUUGACAGAGUAGAUGUGGGGUGUGGCUAUGGGGGUCAGAUCUCUAUUUUUCACUGUAUUUUGUGACUUUGCCAGGGUGAAGCUCUUCCUGCCUAUCUCUGGCCCAAAUCUAGGCAAGCCCCCCAGCCCCCCGCCAAGGAAGGCAGCGGGGAGCGGACAUUCUAGAAACCCCAGCAUUUGGGGACCCGCCUCUCCCUGGUGGUUGGCCUCUGACUUGAGUUGGGACGGGUGGCCCCUGAGCUGUCUCUAGCCACAGGGAGCUGGUCAGAGAACUCUAGAGAAGGCAGCAAACAGAAAUGCACCCCUACCCAGGCUUUUUAUCUUCUGCUCCCCUUCAUGCUCUCUUUCUGGUCAUUGCCCUGAUCUGACCCACAUGAAAAAGAACUCUAAUCAGAUGGGAGAAUUAUCCUCCUGUAUCUUCCCUGGGGCAGGGAAGGAGGGCUGUGUGGGUUGUAGGUGCUCUGCUAGGUAGGACGACUUUCACAAAGCAGCUGGAGACAUCCUCUGGGCGACUGUCUCCCGCCCUCAGACAGGUGCUAGGUGGCCCACCAGAGGGGAGCUAGCCUGACUUCCACUCCUCCCCAGGGUUCCCAGGGGCCUCUCCACCUCCUGCCAUGAGCAGUUAUUUGCUCUUGAGAUCUUCCAGGCAAGGAAGAGGUUUGAGCUUUUGACUCCUCAUCCACCGCCCCAGGGCCUCCUUAUAGUUCUCUGCACACAACAGGUGCUUAAUAGAUGCUCUUGGAUUUACAGACAAGUGGGAGAUACAGGAUGUGCACCUGGGAACAAACACGGGUGGAUCUAGAAAGAUCUCAGGAAAAUGAGUCUCUCUCCUCUCGGGUAGCUGAGACAUUCAUGUCCUCCUUCUCUGACAAGGGCCAUCUGCUGCUCUCCACACCCAGCCUCCUACUUCAGCCAGGGGACAGCUUCCAUCAAAAUGUGCUACCCCAAAUGUCCCCAUCCCUCCAGGCUGAGUCCCAGAAAAGUAAUGGUCAAAACACCUCUGCAAAAGAAAAAAUAUUGCCUGCAGAUGCUCCAGUGGUUGGUCCCACUUUCUCCCUUCCCUGAGAGGGAAGUCUCAGCCAUCCUGGCCAUGGGAGGCUUUUGAACCCCAAAUCCACUCUCCCUGCAACCACAGACAGAGACCAGGGUUUGGUUUUUGUUUUUUGUUUUGUUUUUCAUUAUUUUCACAUCACUGGCAUCGCCCCAAAUUUUACUGUGAACUGGAAGAUGGUAGUUUUUUUUUGUUUUGUUUUGUUUUGUUUUUAAUUAUUAGAGUAUUUUGGCAGCUGGUUCUAUUUACUGUUUCAUUCCUGGCUCAGUUCAGGGAGCCGGGAAUUGACAGGCCAGGGAGGCUGCUCAGGGGGAAGACUGGCCAUCACGCAUCCCCGUUCCUUCCUGUGCUCAGUGUGCUGCUAUGAGGUGUCAGAAACACACCCAGAGUUAGGUAAGGAGAGACUUGAUUGAAAGGAUCAUUGCAAGAAAGGAAAAGGGACUCAUGCAACAGAGCUGGGGUGGAGGGGCAGGGGAAUGUCUGUUGCAAUAGAUAAUCCCCUUGACCAUAAGAUCUGCAGGGCCCCCAACUCAGGCAGUAAAGGACUUUUCUUUUACUGGGAGGUGUAAACAAGACUAGAAAGAACCAGGUUCAGGGAAUGUAUUUCUUCGUGUUCAGCCUUUUUUGGGAGAGGUUGAUAAGGAGGGGUUGUGUGCUGGCUCUGGCUGGGGGUGAGUGGAAGUUCAGGCCCCCGUGUGGAGGAGAAAAACUUAACCAAAGCUUGGUCAAGUCAGUUAACAAGUUCUGGUUCAGAUCCCUGUAAAUCUUUCUAAAAGCAAAAUAAACCUCUUGCCAGUUUCAGGAGCCAGGAAUGUGUUUCUUAAGAGCCUUGGAGCCUUCUCUUUGAAAUGUAAACAUACUCUUGUCUCUGGGUAUCUCAGCCUAGGUUCCCGGCUCCAUGCUAUAAUGACCUGCUUGUGAUAGGUUCUUUCUAGCCUUGUUCACUGCUCCCUAUAAAAGAAAAACCCUUUUCUGCCCAAGCUGUGGCAGACCUUAUGGUCUGAGAUGCUUGCUUACAUAUGGUGGGAGUAUUCUCCUAUUGCAUUAGCCCCUUCCCCCUCUUGCAAUAUCCUUUUGAAUAAAGUCUCUCCUUACCAAUAACUGUGUUUUAUUUGACAGAGGGUAUGGAAGACUUGCAUUUUAAAAAAACUGGGGACCACUUCUAAAGUCAGUGAUUGUGUUAUAUGCAUGUAUAACAGCUCUGCUGGACACCCAAGAGAGCCGAGGGCAUGCCAGCUGGAAAGGAGCCCCCGUCCCUAGGGAAGCCUAAGGAGAGGUUCUGCAGAAUCCAGGUCAAGCGGCUCCAACGUCACCCUUCCGCCCAUCCUCUCACCCCAUCCACUGUGUGCACAUAUGUGUCUGGGAUCCAGGGCAAUGUGAAUUUUCUUUUCUUUUCGGAGAUUGUUCACAGCAAACAGAUCCUCUUCUCUCUUGUCCACCUAUUAAUUGUUUACAAUGAUAUUUGUACAUCUAUGCAAAAUACUUGAAUGGGCCAUUGUGCCUUUUUUUCCUUGUUCGUAUUUAAUUAAAAGGAAUUGUUUGUCAUUUGAAA